AUGUCGACAGAUCAACAAUGUGCCGUGAACGAUGAGAAUCAGGUUGUAGAGCAUUCUCCGGAAUCGAUCGAAUAUCUACAAAGAAUGCAGCGAUACAUGAGAAUUCUUCAAUUUAAGCAACAAACGAUUGCUGAUGAAUUGGAACCCAAGAAAGAACCUGUUCCACCUCAAAACAAUGCCCCGGUUCAGGAUCUACAAAUCAGGAAUCUUCCACCACUAAAGCUUAAAAUUGACAUAACGCUGGAGAUAACUGUUAGAAACAAUGGCAUGAUGCCGGAGGAGGAGCUUUUGCGCAUUAUAAAUGAAGGACCAUCUGAGGAUGAACUUCCCUAUUUUAAGAUGGACAACUGUAAUCCGAAUAAAGAUGAUAAUCAAGAGCUAGAUGUUGUCCCGGAAGACGUUCAACCAUCAGCGCAAAGCAGUUCAUUCUAUCCAACAAAUUAUCUUCAGUUCAACCAAACGUUGGCCCGUAUAACAGCGGAAUUGGACAAUGCUAUACGUGAGGUAAUUAGAAAAGCUGAGACUGUCAAUGAGAUUGCAGAAGCAAAUACAGUUUCGUUACGUGCUCGUCCCGAAGAAAUGCAAUUAGUGCCAAUAAAUCGAUCUGCGCACCUGAAUGGAAAUCCAAACGCACAAGUACCUGCUCUUCCAUGUAAUGUGUCCAAUGAAGCUGCCGGUCAGGCAAGACAGGAACCAUCAGUGGCCGAAGGGAUGUUUCUAAGAUUGACGGGUUAUUAUGGCGACGUCAGAUUAGAUACGGAAGAGCGGAUGCGUCGGGAUCGUGUUGAUCCAGCAGCAAGCAGAGACAAGACCGACAAGAGAGUGAAGAAAGAGAGGGAUGAAAUGUGUUUGAAUUUCUUUUCGUUGAGCUGA